AUGGCUCCUCUUGCAGGGCGACCCCCGUUUGCAACGAACGAACCAGACAGUUACUACGAGCCUCAGCCUGGUCCCCAACGUCGAUAUCGUCAGCCAGGACCUCCAAAUCCAAAUGAUAGGACAUCGGCGUAUGCAAUGUAUGAUGAUUACUUGAACGACUUCGACCCCAAUAACCCGAAAUCCAUGUCUCAGAUGCCGUCAAAACAUCUUGAAGCUCACCCGUCUUCCAAACAUGUCCUACUGGCGGCGGCAGCAGGGGUCAAUAGCAACAGUUAUGUCGCGCCAAUAGCAUCAUUUGAUCUCACCCAACCAAAUCCAGCCGUUACUGCACACUCCGCCGUAGCUCGAAGACAACCACCUCCUGCCCAUAAUCCCUUUGAACCUCAACCUCAACAGCAGAAUCCUUUCGAAGAUCCACGUCGUAUCCAUUUUCAACCACCCCAUCCGAAUCAUCAUAGUCCCCAUCCUCACCUGAACGGUCAAACCUCGCACUAUGGUACUGCAAGUCCAAUUCCCAGCGUUCCGCAUCCGCUACAGCCCCCCAUGACACCUAUCACACCAGCCUUUCUUCGACCAAGUAAGGAAUUCAAGUCUCCAGAAGAGGAGCCUAUUAUGCGUUCCAAAGCGGAAGACACUGUUCUUCCAUCAAGAGGUCAAAGAGGUGACGAUUUCUGGAGAAGGUUCAGCAUGGUCAUUCAUGAACAGGAGAAGUCGAGUGGGAAAAAGAAGAGUACUUGGUUGUCCAAAACCCAGAAUGGCAAAAAUAUGAUGUCUCGGUGGCUUUGGCUUAUCGGAAUAAUACUCAUUCUUGUAAUUGGCGGUGCUAUUGGGCUCGGGUGGUGGGUCUCGCACAAUCACAAGUCUCAGACUCAACCUAGCACUUUGGGUGGUUCCGCUAAGGAGACAGGUGGCCCGGUGCCGAAAACUACAGCUACAGCCAGUUCUAGUUCGAAAUCGGUUCCGCAUGUCUCCCCCACGCUUACUGUCGACAGACGGAUGUUGAGCGCUACACAAUGA